UUUAACAAAACCUAUAAUUUAUUAAAAUUUUCUCCACAUCGUCAAAAUAUGGAAAGUAUGAAGCCGCUUAUUACGAGAUACUUAAUAUCUUAUUAUUUUAAACCACUUUAUGUAACUUAUUUGGAUCGAUUCGUAUAAUUGAGCUUCUCAAAAGUAGUAUAAAAUGUUGCUGAAUUCGUAAAAUGUCAUCAGUUCUUUUACUAACAAACAGUAGUUCAGUUCGCUAAAAUGCAAAAAAUCGUAAUAUGUUUAUUUUUCUUCGUAAUAGCAACUUCGCAAACGUUUUUCAUACAAAGCAAAGAUUUGAAAAAAAUUUUACAAUAUUUUCCGAAAGCUUUUGAGGUGGACACGAACCCUCGACACCGUCAGAUCCAUCAUCGACAUCGUGAAAAUGAUAAUCGUUAUCGCGAUGAAUACGUUCACGAUAAUUAUGAUAGAUCGUAUGAUAGUGCAGAACACCGGAGAAGCGGUGUUAAAAAUCCCAAAGGAAAAGUCGGACGUAUUCAUAACGAUAAGGCACUUCAUCAUUCACAUAUCGAUUGCGAUCAUCCUGACCAUCAUCAUCACCAUCACCAGAACAGAUAUCCAUCAGAAGAUCGGGUGGAGAAAUAUUACAGUAAAAACACCGAAGAAAUGAACGAUCAUUAUUCUCAAAAUGAGAGGAGAAGUUAUCAGGAUGAAAAAAAAAAAGUAUCUGCACAAAACGAUAAAGACUACGAACAGAACGUCUAUGAAAAAAUCGCUCAGGAUAAACAGGGAAAUCUCAGUUACAAGAAUAAAGAUUAUGUCACAGGAGUUCUAAUCGCCAUACCGAAAAUUAAGAACGACGAAGAUGUAAAUGGCUACUAUAAAGAUAAUAAGCAACAAAACGUGUUUUUUCAACAUUUAUUAAAGGCUGACGAAGAUGAAGACCACAUACCGUCGUCAUCAUCAUAUCUAUAUUAAAUAUAUUAUUUUCAUUUCAUGUACAAGCAUUAUGUU